AUGGACAUCAAAAACCUACUUUCCCCGGACUCAAACUCUCAAUCUGGGAAGCCGGCACCCGCCCCUGGUGGCACGAACACUGCACCUCCCUCCACUGCAAGCCCAUCUCCCCGCAAGGCGAUUCAUCGAGCGCGCACUGGUACCGCUCGAAAGAGCAAACCCUCUUCUCCCCUUGCGCAGCAGAUUUAUGCACCCGCUGGCCGGCCAGAGCCGUCAUCUGCAACGGCGACAUCGACGGGCAUGGACACUCUCGCUGAUCUCGCGGCAAUGCAACAUCACCAACCCCAACGCCCAAAUGCUACAAACGUCCUCCGCGGCCCUGAAUCAUACGAACACCAACUCUCUCCUUCCACCAUUAAUCCUCACGUCAACCCAAUCAACCACAACACGCCUACCCCUCGCACCUCUUUCGAUAUUGCUAUGUCGGAAGGUCCCAGGGAAAGUGCGCGUAGAAAUUAUGUGGAUACCUCGCUGGACCCAGAGUCGCAGCGGCUGGCGACCGAAUUGUUCAAUCAAAUCCAAGAGAACUCUCACACAUACGACGCUCAUGUCAGGUUCAUCGGCUUGCUACAUGCUGGCUUCGUGAAUCAUGUCUAUCCGCCCAACAAUCCAGAUAUCCAUGGGGAUCCCCGACGCUACGACCUUCUCAAAGACAUGCGCACGGCCAGGGAAGAGAUGGACAAGCUUUUUGCGAUGGGUGAAGACUUGUGGGCGGAGUGGAUUCAAGAUGAGAGCAUGCUGGCUCAUUCGGCGGCCGAGCGCGAGGCUGUCAUGAUCCUCUGCCAGCGAUCUGUCAACGAAGAGUUCGGUAGCACAAAACUUUGGCAUAUCUAUGGUGAAUGGAUGCUCUAUUUGUAUACAUCUGCCAAUGGAGAAGGGGGCGGAGCUGGCCAGUGGACUGAGGAAGACCGGCAGAAGUUCACAUGGCAGUCUGUGCUGGAGGUAUGGCGAGAAGCUGCAGAGUCGACUCGCUGGAGGAUCAACAACAGUCACCUGGUGUGGGACCGAUACUUGAAUCUCCUAACACAGGAUGUUGCUCGGGCCCCCUCGCAGGAGAAGAUUGAACACCUUAAGGGACUUUUCGACUCGCGACUGCAGACCCCUCACGCAACAUGGGAUCAGACAUUCCAAUCCUUCUCUUCAUUUAUCUCGACCUACUAUGAGUCCAAGUAUGAAGGGAUAAUGGCCGCUACUGUCGAUCAGUCUGCCAAGGCGAAGAACUUGUACGCCUCGAGGGAAGAUUUUGAGCGUCGCCUGAGUGAAGCUGAGGCGUCGGGCGACAGAACCCUGGAAUAUCCGAUCUAUGCAGAAUACAUCGACUGGGAAGUGAAUCGGCCUCGCCAAGGGCGGCGAGCAGAGUUUCAUAUUGAGCUCGCCAAUGCCAUUUUCCAGCGCGCGGUUCUGAGGUUCCCCACUGAUGUGACUCUUUGGGAGGAUCACGUCAUGUUCCUUCUCGACGAGUCAAUGCACCAACACCCGUCGAAGCAUAACGCGCCCCACAAGAGCACCCCGACAGCAACGAUUUCUACUCUCGAUCGUGGAACUCGUCACUGCCCUUGGUCAGGAAACCUCUGGUCGCAGUACCUUCUGAGCUCAGAGAGAGAAGGCCGGUCCUUUGCUACCAUCUCCGAUCUCAAACACCGUGCUACCCGAACGGGGCUCCUUGAUGCCGGUGGAAUGGAAGAGGUCCUCAAGGUUCAUACUACGUGGUGUAGCUACCUCCGUCGUCGAGCCUUCCUCUCUGACGCAACGGAUGAAGAUUUAGAUGUGGCCGAAGUUGGCAUUCGCUCAGCUAUUGAAAGUGUUCAAGAACUGGGAGAAAAGAAAUACGGUCGUUCCUAUCAAGGCGAUCCCCUGUUUCGCCUGGAACGCAUCUACAUUCGCUAUCUGAGCGAGAGCGGCAGUUGGGAUAGUGCGAGGGAGACUUUCAAGGGCCUUGUGAAGCGCCUUGGACAUAGCUAUGAGUUCUGGAUCACAUAUUACAACUGGGAGCUCAUCUCCUGGAGCAAGUUCGUCCAAGUCGAAGCUACUGUGGACGCUGCCAGACGGACCCCGAACCCUAGCUACGCGACCGCCGUUCUCAAGGAGGCUAUCCGACGAACAGACCUUGAUUGGCCUGAGAAGGUUGUUCAAGUGUACCUCUCUCAUUGUGAAGACUACGAGGACUCGGAUGAGCUGCAAAUUGCUGUGAUUGAGACGCGGAAGGCCAUGAGGGCUGUCACUUCUCGAAGAGAGCGAGAAGCUGCUGCCGCCGCUGCACAGCAGCAACAGCAACAGCAACAGCAGAUGGAGGCAGCUAUCGAGGCCGCCUCGUCAUCUGAGAAACGAAAACGCGACGAUGAGCAUGACUUGAAUGGCGAACCUACACACAAAAGAAUGCGCAGUGAAGACAUUUCUCACAGUGCAAGCACCGAACCCGAUGCUCCAAGCCGCGACCGGGAACAUUCCACAGUGAUUGUCAAGAAUAUCGCUAAGGGAACACCCGAAAUUAAAAUCCGCCAAUUCUUCCGCGAGGUCGGGACGAUCAAUGGCGUCAAGAUGAUUCCAGGCCAGAACACUGACUCGGAGUCUGCCAUUGUCGAAUUCGAGACGAGGGAAGAUGCCGAGUCAGCCCUGACUCGCGAUCAAAAGCGCCUGGGCGAAAACAUAGUGGAUGUCCAGCCGUACGCCCAAACGACACUCUGGGUGACAAAUUUCCCUGCAGCUGCAGAUGACGAGUAUAUCCGCAGUCUCUUUGGAAAGUAUGGGCGCAUCAUCGAUAUUCGCUGGCCCUCGCUUAAAUUCCAAGUCAGUCGUCGUUUCUGCUACGUCCAGUUCGAUUCCUCCAGUGCAGCUCACCAGGCAACUGAGUUGAAUGGUACUGAUACUGAGGAAGGACACAAGCUCAUAGCAAAAAUAUCCGACCCAGAGAAGAAGCAGGAGCGUGGCGGCGCUCUGGCGGAAGGUCGUGAAAUCUUUUGCAAGAACCUGGACUGGAAAGUAAAAGAGGAAGAUGUUUCUAACGCUUUCUCAAAAUUUGGCACCGUUGAGCAUGUUGUCAUCCCAAAAAUGGCGGAUGGCCGCAGCAAGGGAAUUUGCUUUGUGACUUUCUCUAGCAAGGAAGAAGCAACAGCAGCUUUGGCUAUGGAUGAUGAAUUUUUGAAGUCUCGCCGCUUGCAUGUAGAGCCCAGUACCAAAACUGGAGCGAAGCGCAUGACUCACCAUGUCAUUUCCCGAGUUAAAACCUCGGCCUCGCCCGUCCCGGAAGUGAAUGGCGAGGAUUCGGAGGCUGUGGAGACGACGGGUGAACGCUGGGAACGUACAAUUGCCUUGUUGAACGUCCCAGACACUGUCAACGAAGCCCGUAUUCGUACCCUGGUGGAACCAUGGGGUCGCCUCGUCCAGAUCUCUCUUCGCCCAGAUCACCAAGGGGCUUUGGUCGAGUACGUCGAUGUCCACGAUGCUGGCAAAGCUGCCAUGGCGCUUGACGGGAAGGAAAUCGUCGCUGGGCGCCAGCUGAAGAUAGGGGGUAUCCAGGAUUUGAAAGCAAUGCGGCCCGAGUACAAGAGUGACCGGGUGACUUCCGUCAAGAAAGAAAAGCCAGCUCUUCCCCUCGCCGCGCCCAUCAAACGACCCCAACAACCAGGUGCCCGAGGCGCUGCUGGCCAUGGAGGCCGUCGCGGUGGACUAGGCGUGAAACGUACGACAGGCCCCUCGGUCCCCAAAGCUUCUGAGGGCGAUAAGAUGGAUACUAGCGGUGAUGGAGAUUCCUCUGCACCCAAAAAGAGCAAUGAUGAUUUCCGUUCGCUGUUGCAGAGACCCUCGGAACAGUGA